AUGGUUUGGACUAGACCGUCCCUACCGGCUAUUCCCGUCGUUUGGCAUACCUUCCAGGCUAGGGAUGGCGAUGGCGACGACGACGGAGACGGUCGCCUUGUAACCUAUCACGUCCAGGAUCUGACCGAAGACCGAUAUGAAGAUUUGGUCGAUCAUUUCCUGAUUCAUUUCUCAAGUGAAGAGCCGAUGUCUAACGCUUCCGGUCUUCCGGUUGUCAGUAAAGAUCAAGAUCAAAGUGGUGUCCCACUAUGGAACGCGAUUUUCAAGGAAAACAUGACUCUUGUUUGCUACAAGGAAGGAUCGAACGAAAUUAUUGGGGCAAAUAUUCUCGCUGUGAGGGAUAAGGAAAAUUAUUUAGCUAACGAGAUUAAAGCUGGCGAGCAACAUUAUGUGAUACUGGACAUUCUGGACUACGUUUCGAAGCAAUUGAACUACUCCGAACUAUAUGGUAUCGCAAAUCGAUUGGUUGCGUACGGCCUUUCCGUUAACAAGCGCUACCGAAGAAGAGGAAUUGCGACGGAAAUCCUAAAGGCCCGAGUGCCGAUGUGCAAAGCGCUUGGAAUCAAACUUGCCGCCCAUUCGUUUUCGGCUCCCGGAUCGCAGAGAGCCGCAGCCAAGGCCGGCUAUCGAACGGACUUUGAAAUAACAUACGAUGAUCUUGCCAAAUUGGGCUCGAAAUAUGCACUGCCAGGAAUUAAAUCCAAAUAUUUUAAAGUUAUGAGUUUUUUGAUUGAAUAA